AUGGUAUUGACACUCCAGGGAAGACAAACCUCCUCGAACGAUGAAUUUCCCACCGCUCAGCUGUUCCUUCUCGCAAUAUGCCGUGUCGCAGAGCCUAUCGCCUUGACCUCCAUCUUCCCAUACUCAUGGGUUAUGGUCAAGGACUUUCGGAUCGCCAAUGAUACAGACGCCUCCUUCUAUGCCGGAAUCUUGGUCGCCACCUUUUCCCUUGCGGAAGCGCUCACUGGCAUGUUCUGGGGAGGCCUCUCAGAUCGUAUUGGUCGCAAGCCAGUGCUUCUCUCCGGUUGCUUUGGCACCAUCCUGUCGCUCCUGCUUGUGGGAUUGGCCCCCAACUUCUGGGUGGCCCUUCUAGGUCGUGCUCUUGGAGGUCUCUUGAAUGGGAACAUUGGAGUCAUACAGACAAUGGUUGGAGAACUGGUCAAGCGUCCUGAGCAUGAACCUCGAGCUUACGCUGUGAUGCCUUUUGUCUGGUCUAUUGGGACUAUCAUUGGUCCUGCAAUUGGAGGGUUGCUUGCGAGGCCCGCCGAAACCUAUCCUUCUCUCUUCUCUCACAGUGGUCUUUUCGGAAAAUUUCCUUAUCUGCUACCCAAUCUGGUCUGUUCUCUCUUGCUUCUCCUCAGCAUCCUUGGCAGCUGGUUAUUCUUGCAAGAAACUCAUCCCGAUUUGCAACAUCGGAGCACUUCUGGAGAUUCAAACAAUGCAUCCGCCGAAAGCCCUCUUCUAGCCACCUCAGGGGCCACCGCCAACGCAGGAGCUGAUCUACGAGCAGAAUCGUAUGGCACUUUCAAUCAAGUGCAAUUGCAAGCGGAUGAGGACUGGUUUGUGAACGCCGACGGUUCGAAAUACCAGUCGCCAAAGCAACCGGUCUUUACUUGGCGGGUCGUCUCGCUUGUCAUUGCCUUGGCCAUCUUUACCUAUCACUCCAUGACGUACGAUCAUCUUUUGCCCAUCUUCCUGCAAGAUCCGAAUGGCAGUAACGUUUUGAGUACCCGUAACUCUGGUCUCAGCUUUCCUGGUGGCCUAGGCCUAUCUACGCAAACAGUAGGCUUGAUCAUGUCUUCCGACGGUAUCAUUGCUCUCAUCAUCCAGAGUUGCAUCUUUCCGGUCCUGGCUCAAUCCCUUGGGGUCUGGAGACUAUUUGUGAUCGUCACUGUCCUCCAUCCACUGGCGUACUUGAUCGUCCCGUUCCUCAUGUUUCUGCCUCAGCAGUUCUUACUCUUUGGCAUUUAUUCUUGCCUCAUCGUGCGCAAUAUCCUGUCGAUCAUUGACUACCCGGUAUUGCUCAUUCUUAUCAAGCAAGCCAGCCCAUCAGACUCAGUAACGGGGAAGAUUAACGGCCUUGCUGCCUCAGCAGGAGCAGUUUCUCGUACUAUCGCCCCACCCGUUGCCGGGUUCCUGUACAGCGCAGGUGCCGAGCUCAAUUUCACUGCCGUGGCAUGGUGGGCAAGCGCCUUGGUCGCGGUAAUUGGUGCUGCCCAAUUGUUCUUCAUUGACCAUAAUAAGCACCGUUCUGCCACGAUUCGCUCUGCUGUGCCAUGUCAUUGUACACCAGAUGAAUAUCCAGCUCAGAAAGAGACAAUCCACAUUAUUGUGACCGAUACUGAUGCAGAUGCAGAAGAUGCCGGUCUAUGUCACCAGCAGUAUUCGUUUUGGAGAUGA